GAGCUCGAAGCACUGGCCGCCGCGCACCCGGACCGCUUCCGAGUGAGCUACUCGCUGACUGCGCCGCCGGCGGGAUGGGAGGGCCUCACGGGGAGGGGGUCGGCGGAGCUCAUCACGGCGGCGCUGCCGCCUCCGCGCGGCGACGGCAGCACGAUGGUGCUGGUCUGCGGCACGGACGGCUUCGUCGAGCUGUGGGGGGGUCCGGUGGCGCGCGCGCCCAAGCAGCCGGGCGAGAAGAAGGGCGCGAAGGUGCAGGGCCCGCUCCUCGGGCUCCUCGCCGAGGCCGGCUUCGACGCGUCCGAGGUGUUCAAGUACUGA